UCGGUAUCGGCGCGUUACUCGGGCCAAUGGCGGACAGAGAGCGGGAGCAGAGAAAGCGCACUCCUCCUCGGGGCUUCAGGUUGACCCAUGACAUCAGCCUGGACGAGUUUGAAGAUGACGAUCUGUCGGAGAUCACAGAAAUCACAGAUGAAAGAGGGAUGAGCCUCAACUGCAACGGGCCGGAUCUGAAGGGUCACAUGCGUCGGGGGACCAGUGGCGUGUCGCGGGGGGCGGAGCUCGGGGCGGUGGGGCAUCUGCAGGCUGAGAUCCUCCACAUGGACCUGAUCGACGGAGGGGCCGUGGACUGCUCCGACGCCGUCACGGCCAAAGCCUCGUCCUCCUCGCUCGCCGCCCUGCCCGUCGCCAAGGAGACCGCCGCGCCGCCCGUCACCAUGGAUACGUACCGGCCCAAAAGACCCACCACCCUCAACCUGUUCCCCAUCGUCCCGCGCACACAGGACACUCUGAACAAUAACUCCUUUGGAAAGAAGUUCAGUUGGCAGGAGAAGGUGUCUGGGUCGUCUCCACAGAAAACCGGUGAGCGGACUCCGCCUCGAGAGCACAGCUGUCUGAGCGACGAGGAUAAAGUCCAGUCGGCUCAGACCAAAGACAGAGGCACCUCCACCGACGCCCCCUGCAGGCACAACCACACCUCGCACUCCUCCUCCUGCUCCUCCGCUCGCUCCAAAGACAAACCCCCCGCCCCUCCCCCGCCCCAAAACUACACCCCCGCCCCGCUCUACCCGACCAACAAAACCUCCACCGAACCUCCACGCGCCGAACCCACGGAGGAGAUAUACCUGACCCCGGUCCAGCGCUCUUCGUCCGGGGCCCUCGACUCCGCCACCGCCGCUCCGGACCGGCCGUUUCUCUCCCAACAAACCGAGCAGGGACGCAUGUCUAUAAGCUCGGACACGGAGGGACCCCCGCCUUACCAGCCUCUGCCGGACAGAACGGACCAGUGCAUUUUCGAAGAGGACGAGAUCUACAUUCCCCCUCCUUCCUACGCCUCCUGUGUGGAAUCGCUAAUAACCCCGCCGCACGGAUCCUCCAUCGCGUUGGAUUUAAGCUUGAAAACGUCUGGACUCGGAGCGUUCAGAGUCGGAUCGUCCGUGGAAUACGUCGACGCUACCGACGACAGCUACUGCGGAGAAGACGAAGAUGUAGAUAGAAUCAUGAUGGAAGGCAGACGGAAAAGCAAGGAGCAACAGGCGUUAUCGGCGUCGCUAAGGACUUCCAUGAGCCCCGAGGCGAGCGGGCUGACGUACGAUUCCGUGAAAUACACCCUAGUGGUGGACGAACACGCGCAGCUGGAACUCGUGAGCUUGCGGCAGUGCUACCAGGGCUACAGCGACGACAGCGAUUCGGCGACGGUUUACGAUAAUUGCGUUUCUUCGCCGUACGAGUCGGCGCUCGGCGAGGAGUACGAAGACGAGGACGAGGAGGUGGACAGCGCGCAGAUGGGCGGAGUCAUUAGAGAAGGGACCGCCUGUUUGUCCGACGACUCCUCCACCGACGGAGAUCUGCACUUCUCCAAAAAGUUCCUGAAUGUGUUCCUCAACGGAAGAUCGAGCUCCUCCAGUGCAGAGUCGUUCGGUCUGUUUUCGUGUGUGAUUGACGGAGAGGAGCGGGAGCAGACGCACAGAGCCGUGUACAGAUUUGUCCCUCGACAUGACGACGAGCUGGAGCUGGAGGUGGAUGAUCCUCUGUUUGUGGAGGUUCAGGCUGAAGACUUCUGGUACGAGGGGCUCAACAUGAGGACGGGGGCCAGGGGCGUCUUUCCUGCCUACUACGCCAUCGAGGCCGCCCGGGACUCUGACACAUACAAAGUGAAGAGCAGUGAGUGGAUGGACAGAUACAGACUCAAGUUCCUGGGGUCGGUCCAGGUGCCGUACCACAAAGGCAACGACGUGCUCUGUGCGGCUAUGCAAAAGAUCGCCACAAACAGAAGAAUGACGGUGAAGUACAACCCGCCCUCCUCCUGUAUUUUAGAGAUCAAUGUUAAAGGAAUCAAGCUCUCAGUACAAGAGGAUUAUUACGCCUGUGAUCGGAGUAACGAGUGCAACCAUUUCUUCCAACUAAAAAACGUGUCUUUUUGUGGCUAUCACCCCAAGAACAGCAAAUAUUUCGGUUUCAUUACGAAGCACCCGGCCGAUCAGAGGUUUGCCUGUCACGUCUUUGUGUCUGAAAACUCCACCAAACCCAUCGCCGAGUCUGUAGGGAAAGCGUUCCAGUUGUAUUAUAAGGAGUUUGUGGAGUUCUCUUGCCCCACAGAGGACAUCUACCUGGAAUAGCCCCGGCUCCUCUUCGUCCUCCUCGUCCUCUUCCUCCUCUUC